AGCAAACAAAAUGCAACCGUGCGCCAACACCAACACUAAAAAAUUUUUAUUGGCAGGAAUAAAGUAAAAAUAAAGCAGGAUAUUCGAGUGCGCCGACCGCAGCGCAGCGAACCAAGAGCCCCAACUGAAUCGCGAGAGAGCACCGGACGAGGACGCGGAUCCGCAGGCGGCGCGAUGAGUGUCCUGGCGUAUCCACGAACCAACGACGAGGAGGUUUUCCGUCACUGCACCAAGGACUGUGGCGUGGUGACGGCCACCGAGGACUUCCAGUACUUCGCCCUGCGAUGCAUCUUCUGCAGCGAGAAGUUCCUCUACUUCGACUCCUUCAUCGGCCACAUGCAGACGGUCCACCUGGACGACAAGUCCGUGGCGAAUCCCGCCUUCGCCUCCCGUCACUCCUUCAGUCUCGGCGAACCCAUGUCCCUGUCCGGUCGCAACGGCGACCUGACCAACUUCCACGAGAUCGAAGACUUGACGGACGCGGACACGGCGCUGCUGGAGCCGCAGAUGGUCAUCAAGCAGGAGCUGCAAGAGCUGCCCUGCAGCGACGACGAUGUGGUCGCCGACGAGGACGACGAUGAUGAGCACCGUCUGCGCGAUUCCGAUGGCGGCGAGGACGACGACGAGGCCAUACUGCCCGAGAACGAUGUACCGGUAGUCAGUUCCAAGCCGCGACCGCGCAAAAAGGUGACCAAGCAGCGCCAGAGGGACAUCUCCAGCGAGGCACUCAUCGCCGGCGACGGCGACUCCUCCAUAGACGACUACGGCGAUCCGGACAACAGCUACAUGGACGACAAUUCCGCGGAGUACAUGGACUACGGCGGCUUCGAUGGUGGCCACAGCGGCUUCGGGCCCGAGUCGGACUUUCUCAGCUACGACGAGAUGGUGGAGGAGUCUCUGCUGGGACGCGACCGGGAGGUUACGAUGCACAUCAAGGACCGUAAGAUGAUCCAGUUCCUCAUCCACUCGUAUCAGCGCAACCCCUUUCUGUGGGACCACGGCAACGCGCAGUUCCGGGAUCGCGUGAAACGCGCCCGCUUCCUCGACUGGAUUGUGCUGGAGUUCAAGAGCCGCUUCAACAUCUCGCUGGCCAAGGACGCCAUCACCCGCAAGUGGGACAACCUGCGCACGGUGUACAAGCGGGAGUGCAAUCGCAUGGCGCUGGAGAAGACCAACAUCAGUACGCUGUGGUACUUCAAGGAGCUGCACUUCCUCAACGAGGUGUACAGCUACAACGACAAGAUGUCCGAUGCGGUCGUAAAGGAAACCUCCUAUCGCCGCCGCUUCUCGGCCAUUUGGAACGACACCUCCACGGCCAAGCUGCUGAGCAUGGUGAAGCGGUACCAGUGCUUCUACAAUCGCUUCGAUCCCGACUACCGCAGCAAGGAGCGGCGCGGCGAGGGACUGCACCAGAUGGCCAUCGAGCUGCAGCAGCUGAUCGACGUGACCACCAUCCAGAUCUCGAAGCGCAUCUCCCAGCUGCGCUUCGACUACUCCAAGCAAAAGAUGGAGCGCCUCAACAGCGAGCGCCUGGGCAAGAAGUUCAUCGCCAACUACAUCUACUACGAUCAGAUGCACUUCAUGGACGACGACAUACCGCCGUUCAAGUGCGCUCACUGUCCGGAGAUCGUGCAAACGCUCAGGGAACUGGACCUCCACAUGCUCACCCACCAGCCCACCUUGGGCGGCGGCUACUACUGCAACAUCUGCAGCAUUCAGUUCCACAACGCCGAGGAGUUCGACAGCCACAAGCAGCUGCACUUGGGCGGCCUGGCCGACCUGAAGUUCAACUGCGAGCUGUGCACGGCCAGCUUCCGGGAGAAGGCCAACUACGACGAGCACCUGCGGCGGCACAACGAGGAGCUGUUCCUGCCCUCGCUGGCGCUCAAUCACAGCAUCAUGGAGGGCGGCGAUGAGGAGAUCGCAGCCGAGGGCGAGGAGUCCAGGGGCAGCGGCAGCCGACGAAAAAGGAAAGGUGGUGCGAAGGCCUCGCAUUCACCCGAAGACAUGGUCGACGACGAGGAUCCGAUGGGCGGAGGAGGAGCAGACGGUGGCAGCGUUGCCAAGCCCUAUGGGUGCGAGGUGUGCCGCCGCAGCUUCGCCACGCCGGGCCACCUGAACGCCCACCGCAUUGUCCACCAGGACGAGCGGGAGCGGUGCUACAAGUGCGACUAUCCCCAGUGCAAUAAAUCGUUUGUGGCGCGCAACAGCCUGUUCGAGCACCUGAAGCAGCACUACAGCAACGAGGAGUUCAAGUGCGACAUCUGCGGCAAGACGUUCAAGUCGACCAAGAAUCUGCAGAACCACAAGCAGAUCCACGACAAGGUCAAGCGCUACGUGUGCCAGAUCUGCGGGUCGGCGUUCGCCCAGGCGGCCGGCCUCUAUCUGCACAAGCGUCGCCACAAUCGGCCCAACGGAGCCGUCGGCGCUGUGGGGCGAUCGGGCCGCAGCACUCUGUGAGAUAGGGAGUGGGAGAGGGACAAGGACAAGGACUGGCCCAGGGCCAAGAGCCGCGGUCGGGGGCGCGGACGCGGCCGUGGGCGUGGUCGCUAUGUCAAAUAGUUUUACGCGUAACUGAAACUGCAACUGUAACGUCUUUAAAUUGCCAGCAACCCAGGCAGCUUAGUUAGCUUUUUAAUCCUACUUUAAGACUCACUCGAUGUUCAGCCCUGCUUGCAAAUCGAUUCGCUUGGAGCUCAGCCUCAAACAGUUUUCAACUCCACAAUAGCAGAGAUUUCGCUUCCAACAAGCCAUUUCAUCGCCCGCAUAUCAAAGUAAAAGCAGCUAUUAAACCAAGACUGGGCCUAAGACCCACAUUUACUUAGCAUAGUUCCCUGCAAUAUCGUAGUUAUAGACCUCUGACCCGAGUCCGAAUCGAUAACGCGAGCCAGGCGCUGUUGUAUUAUUUUGUUCAAUACCUUAGUUCCAAGGUAACCCGUAUUUAAUUGUACUUUACACGCAGCCCACUUACCUGUAGUCGUACUUAAGAGCAAAAAGUAUUUAACAACGCCCAUUAAUGCAACUUAGUUCUAAGCAGAUGGCAAACACUUCCUUCCACUUCCCAAUGAUUCUUGGCUAAGUUCAGGCAGAGAAAGAGGCGGGAAGAGCCAGCAAGAAGGCGAGGAGUAGAGCGGUACUUACUAGAAUAACACAAAUACUUAACAUUCAGUGCCAACUUCGAGUUCUGCUCCCCAAAACACUCAAAAAGAAUUGCAAUUCACCGUGUGAGAGUUGUAAACAUUCCUUCCCUCCCCAGAAAAAGAGGAUAAAUCGAUGUAGGCGAGUCGAAGCAUUCCAGAACUAAGUAAUUCAUAAAGUAUUCUAUGUACUAACUAUAUAUAUUUAUACGCAAAGCUAAAAGUGCAGACGAGCAUUUGCCAUUGGGCCGACAAAGCGAACGGACGGCGGAAAACCAAGCCACUUGAGCCGAUGAUUAACAGCAAUAACACUAAGUUACUAAGCGAAGUCUUAACGAAACCCCUAUGUUUAAGCCACUGAAAGCGAACUACUCACUCAAAUAUUAUUCACUGUACAGUGGAAUCACUGUCCGCGAACGACUGAAUCUGUAAUAGACCACGGGGCGAGCCGGUACUCGAAAGCCGCGCCGCCUCGUCCUGCAAUCGCAACCGCAACCGUAUUCGUAUCCCCAUCUUGUAUAUAUGUAACUCGAGCAGGCCGCUUGACCAUGAACAGCAUACGCAUGCCUAUAGAAACGCAGCUCCAUUUAAGCCCAAGUUCAUCUAGCACAAUUUCAGCAGCUACUCGUGCGAAAUCAACCGAAUUCAGGGGCCUCCAACAGGCCCAUUGGUUUCCUCCGCCAGCUGGUCGAGCAUUCAGACAAUUGUGAAAUAGUUAACAGAAACGAAACAGAAACGGAUUGUGAGCCAGAAGGAGAUUAAUCACAAGAAUCGUAACAAAAGUGCGCUUCCAGGAGAAUCAGGCGGAAAAAUUAAGAAAAACCACAAACUACAAAAAGCAAAGAGAAACUCAUCCGAUAAGAACGAAGAUUAAUACAAACUAGCAUCAUAGCGAGUAUUUUAAAACGCAAGAAGCAUGUAAAUUAACUGAGAGACGGAAGGAAACAAAUCACAAUUUUAUUUAUCCUAGAAAUAUCAAAUGAGAUUUUAGUACGAUACCAUAUAUACACACGCAUAUUCGAAGUAUUCUCGAAUAAAUAGGUUUAAAUAAUUUAAAGCAAAACAA